AGAUUCAUGCAAAGCUAGACCUGUUCGCUUGUAUAACAAUUAGGAAUUACAAUGGGAGAAAUUUAAACGAAUGUUUACACAACUCUGAGAUUUAUGUAAAACAGUUGCAGGGAACAGCGUCUUUCUGAGGCCGUUAUAAAUAGCAGCACCAGAAUAUAAUGUAUUGCAUUGGCUUAAUUCUGCUCAUCAGCUGUAGAUUUGGUCUUUCACAGCUUCCGCAUGUCGAUCCCGGUCCGCCAAUCGGUCCUGGUCCACCAAUAGGUAUUCCACCUCCUUUGAAGAAAUGUUCUAAAAAUGCACGACCUGUUUGUGGUGCUGAUGGAAUCACACAUUUAAAUCUAUGCGUAGCCAGACGAUUAGGAAUACCAGUACUUUGCAGAAAACAAUGUCCGUGUCCCUGUAAAUGCAACACCAGUAGUAAACCAGUGUGUGGAGUUGAUGGCAACAAUUACAAAAAUAGAUGCAUUGCUGUACGCUGCAAAAAAGUCAAGGUGCAAUGUAGAGGACGCUGUCCAUGCAAAAACAAACCAUGUAGAAAGUGCUCAAAACGGAGAAGAGACCCUGUAUGUGGUUCUGAUGGAAAGACGUACCGGAACGAAUGUAAAGCAAAAUGUCAGAAAGUGGAAAUUAAUUGUCAAGGGCCAUGUCCGUGUCGUUGCUCACGCCUCUGUCCUCCAAUACGUGAUCCUGUGUGUGGAACUGACGGCAAUACUCAUGAUAACAGUUGUGUGGCUAUGAAAUGUCGAAAAGUUAAUGUUAAAUGCAAAGGACGAUGUCCAUGUGGGAAAUGCGACAACUGUCCAAGGACAGUGGACCGUGUUUGUGGAACAAAUGGAAAAACAUACCAAAAUGCAUGUCAGGCAAAAUGUGCGAAUGUAAAGAUUAAAUGCAAUAAAAAGUGCCCAUGUGGUUCCACCACGUGUUCCAAGCGUGAUUGUCCUUUUACUAAGCCUGUGUGUGGUGUUAAUGGAAGAACAUAUGAUACUAUAUGCGAAGCAAAGUGCAAGAAUGUCAAAGCAGCAUGUACUGGUCGUUGUCCGUGCAGGAAAUGUAAAUGUCCGAAAUUGAAGUUUCCGGUGUGUGGAUCUAAUGGUAGGACCUAUGAUAAUUACUGCAAAGCAGGGUGUGCGAGAACAAAAACGUCAUGCUUUGGUCGUUGUCCUUGUCGACGUGCUAAAAAUUGAAACAGGCAAGUUCCUCAAUAUACAAUUAGGU